AUGGCAGUGACUCCGCAUUUCAUCACCGCUAAUCGACAUCGACACUUAUCCCCGAUACGUUGGGAAUCAUUUGCCUCGGCCGGUGACGCGCCCUCGAAGCCGCUGUCCCCAACAGGGAAGGCUAAUAAGCUAUCACGUUCUCCUGGUUCGCUGAAGGCGCCGUCAAGCGCGAACUCCGUGCUUGGGGAUCGGGACAGGAAGGGGAAGGGCAAAGCUAGGGAUGUUCAAGAGUAUCACGGGGAGGAUAUUCAGGAGAACGGAUGGGACCUCGCUCAAGUUGAUGAUUAUGGGGAGGACGGAGGAGAGGAGGAGCAGGAGGUCAUCUUCCCCUUUACGUUUCGACCACGCGUCGAAAGGCCCGUCGAGUACGCCCAUCUCGGGCCCCCGACCCAGUACUUUUCCUUCACCUAUGUCAUACAGACUGGGGAAGACGCGCACGAUACGCAUGUCUGCAUCAAUCCCGAGGACAUUCACCGCGAGACCCGCCGCAUGGAGGGAGACCGAAGCGUAGAUGCACCCGUUGACGGAGCCACUCCUGCCGUACUUGCUUCCAAACCCACGCCUCUUCCGGAGCCCAAGCGCGCACGCGCCAUCCGCGCACCCAGACGCCCAACAACGCCGACCAAACGCAAAUACACGCAGAUCUGCGAUGGUAUCUUCGUGUGCUCCGUCUGCGGUCUAGAGAUGUCGAAGAGUGCGACGAACAAGCAUGCUCCUGCUUGCAGGGCCACGUCCCAGUACUCGACCUGCGAAUUGUGUGGACGGAAAUCGCUCAAUCACAGAGAAGACAGCAUGAAACGCCACCAGCGAAGCAAGAAGUGCUGGAAGCAGCGCCUCACGUACGCCGUAGCGUCCGUCCUGCGGUGGUCGCCGACCCCGCGCAUUGCGGCAUGGGAGCGGGGUAGCUUGGCGUCGAAUGCGCCAUAUAGGUUCGCGAGGGGGAGCGGUGCAGCCAGAGACGAGGAUGGUGGGGUAUUAUGGGAUGGCGAUGUCGACGAACACCUGGAGGGCGAAGACGAAGACGCUGGUGGAUAUGGAGAGCUGGACAAUGACGACAGCGAGGAAGAUGGUAUAGACGAGUGCGUUGCAGGUGGUGGUGACGCGCAGAAACACCAGGAUUCACACGCGCUCGGUCGCGAUGAAGGAGCGUGGGGCGAAGAUAGGGCUGGGGAGCUGGAGAACGAAUGUAUAGCAGGUCCGUCGUCUAUUACGCUUGAAGACCUGCGAAGGCAGGAGAGGGGGAGCAAGGCCGCGGCGAAGUGUAGCCGAUCCGGAGACAAAGGAGCUGAAGAGUGGCCUUAUGGCGAGGAAAUCGUUGUGACUCAUCUUCGGGGUACGCCUCUGGCGAUGGAGCUGGGAGUAGAAGAAUAA